GUUAAUCUAAUGUUAGUUGUAACUUGCCUUAUGAAGAGAAAUACUUAAUACCAUAAACAACAGUAUAAGAACUUGCAUUGGGUAAAUUAUGUAACCUGUAGACAACAAUUAACCUUUUGGUCAUUCCUAGCUGCCCUGGCAUGUCCACUCUUGAGACAAGAAAAUUUAAACUCAUUCAUUACCUUUCAGAAAACCGUUAGUUUUCCUUUUAAACUUCUGUAAAAUGCUGGCCUGCACUACUGCUGAUGGCCACUCCUUUCAAAAGCCAAUCACACUGUUAAAUAAAUAAUAUUCUUAAUUGGGGCCUAUCCUGUCUUUUCAGAAUCUUCAAAUUGUAUACUUUCAUUCUAUUAUCUUCAGAAUAUCGCACAAAGAAAUUGGAGGCCUUAAUACAAUCAGUUCCAAAGAUAAUCUUGUAGACUUCAAUAAAAUCAUCUCAUAUCAUGCUUUUCUCAAGAGAAAAUAAGUUGAGAGCUAACCCUUUCUUCCCCCAGAUAAUUCUAGUAGCCUUCCUCUGAAAUGUAUCCUGUCAGUUGUUAUCCUUUCUUUGAUAAAAAGACCAAACUGUACACAGUAUUCUAAGUGAGGCCUAAUUAGUGAUUGUAUAAAGAGAUGAUUAUACCCUUUGAUUUGUUGUCAAGAUAUCUAUAAAUAUACCCUAAAAUUCUAAUCAGUAGAGCACUUCUUCUACAGCUUGAGUCAUUAUCCACCAGUUUUUCUUCAGUCACCCUGUUGAGUACAUUCACUGAUGUUACUACUUCUGAGAAAUGUUGUUCUUGUGCAUCUUGAAUGCUCUUGAAUUCUAACUAGUGAGACAUGAAUUUUUCAAAGCAUACCGACAAAUGAAGCAGUGUUUACAUUACACAUCUACAAGUAAUGUGAAAACAGGCCAUGCAUAUUUCUCUAUGUUAAGAAUGUAAAAUGGAAAAAUCAGUAUUUUUUUCGGGAGACUUUAAGUCUGAAGAUGUCGAAAUGGAUUUAGAUGACUCGGAAAUCAUUCAAGCUGAAAACAUCACUGAUCAGAAACUAUCAACCCUGGAUAUGCACACUGGGGAAGCUAAUGUAUCUACUCUUUCAGAAGAGAACACUGCCCAUUUUCAGGAUCACCAAGGAUCUUUAAAAUCAGUGUUUUGCUCGGAGAACCCCGAUUGUGGAAAUUUAUUGAUAAUUUUAAAUAAUGAUUCAGAAAUGAAAAAUGAUGACAAACAAGCAAGCAAACAACUCGGAGAUUUAAAAAUGCACACUGAAGAAAGUAGUGCAAGUAAUAUUUCACCAGAAAUUCAGUAUAAUUUACCAGAUCUUCUUGGGUCUUUAAACUUUGAGGCUGUGAGUUUAGCAUUAGAGGACGAACGACAAACCACUGAAUUCCGCCACUCAAGGCAACAUCAGUGUGAAUCACGUUUCCAGUAUUCUGGCAUCUUUGAAGAAAGUAACAUUUUAAGCAAAACAGAUUUUCCGAGUGCUGUUAAGAGCAAAACAUCUAGUGAUGUACACGUGUCUUCAUAUGAAGUUCUUGAUAAUUCUGAUAGUAUAGAGCAGGCAUCGUGCGCUAAGCGUAAAAUGGAAGUAGAGAAGUGUACGGAUGUUCUUCCAAAAUUAACUGGACCCACAGAAUUAACGAAAGCCAGAGAUGGAAUUUCUAACAACUUAACAGUUGUAUCAGAAAGGAGUUUAAGUAUAACUCUUUCAAAAAAUGUAAGUAAAAACAACCAUAAAUUAUUAGACAAAAAUUCAGUUAUGAUAAAUAAAGUUAUUCAAGAUAAAAAAAGGAAAAAUGCAGAAAUUAUGCAUACGCCUCAUCAUUUAAAAAAAAAACGAGUGCCAAUUUAGCUACGAAAAAGAAAAAACUACCCAAGUCUCUUCGAGAAAACUGUGCUGGUAUGUUAAGGACCAUGUCGACCAGUGCCAAUUUAACUGUGAAAAAAAAAAAGGAAUUAAGAAAAAUACUACCCAAGUCUCUUCGAGAAAUUUGUGCCGAUAGGUUAAGGACAAUGCCGACCAGAAGUGUUCAUGUGCAGUUAACUAGUGAUGAACAAGUGAGUGUAUUAAAAUCUGAUGGAACUCCAACAGAAGUUAAUUCAACAGUGCUAGAUGAAAACGAAGAAAGGUUUAAUCAGAAAAUUCCUUCAACACUGAAAGCUUCUUUACCCAGUAAUAAUAAACCCCAACAAACAGUUGGUGAUGGAAUUAAAAUUAAAAAUACCUUGCAACAUGAAACAUUAAACCAAGAACUAAGUGAGAAAAAAAAACAUCGUGAAUAUCCAUUCAAUCCACAAGUCAGGUAUUCAACAAUUAAAAGGAAAAAAGUUUGGCAGGUUGGAGAAACGUGUAGUCGUCUUCUGUCAGUAUCACCUAAUCAAGUCGUGGAUGAAACAGCUGAUGAACAAAGUAUAAACCUGGCUAGUAAUACAAGUGGUGUAUUAUCUCGUGAGUGUUUAUAUUUGCCUUCCAGCUGUUCCUCACAAUAUUUGACAACAGAAAAAAGCUCAACUCUAUCUAGUAAUGUAAAUGUACUGUUUGCAAGUACAACUACCAUGCCUUGUAGUUCUUUAUCUCAAGAGUGUUUGCCUGAAUCCGAAGAAAGUGUUUCUAACCGAGAGCAAGGUGUCCUACAAGAUAGGCUUCCUACACCGAGUGAAAUAUGUCAAGAAAAUGGAUCUACCAGCAUUGCUUCAAACUCUGAGCCUUGUGUCAGAAGUAGUUUUGCUCUCUUACAAACACCUCAGCUGUCACCUUCUCAACUGGUCAUUUACACUGACCACCAGACUACAUGUGAACUUGGUCCUGAUGUGAAUGGUACACCAGUGUCUGAUGAGAAAAAUAAAACAAAAGUUAUUGAACCCAAAAAAGGACUAUUAUUGCCAGCACAAACUUUCUCUGUGUCGCCUAGUGAUAUAUCUUGUUCAACAUGGCCGGUUACUUCGGAGGCAAACAAGACAAAAGUUAUUACAAAGAUAAAUAAAAGUCUGUCUGUUCCAUCUUUUCCUGUGACACUCAGUGUAUCUGAACCUCUAGAUGGAGAUGGAUCUUUCCGUAUUACAUCCAAUGAAGAACACAAAAAGUGUGAAAAAUUGUUGUAUUGUACGGAAACAGUACUUUCAGACUGUGAGAUUCCAAAAGAAGAUAAUAGUGUAAAUGUUUCCAAAUGCACAAAUGCAGUGGAAGAUGACUCAAUAGAUAUUAAUCUUUUGUUGCAAAAGAAGCAAGAGAAAAAUGCAACUUUUGUGAACAUCAGGACUAAAGACGAACUGUACCAAAACAAAAGGAAUGACAUAAAUAAAAGAAUACUUAAAACCAGUUCUUGCUGUGAGAUUCAGGAGAUAGUAAGUGAACUUAUAGAAAACAUUUGUGACAAGAUGUCCGUAAAAAAUACAACAUUAAGUUCAAAUACUGAGUUGGAAAAGGGUUAUGAGAGAAAAGACAUUUUUCGUGAGGUUCAGGAAACAGUAAGUGAACUUAUAGAAAAGGUUUGUGACAAGAUGUCCGUAAAAAAUACAACAUUAAGUUCAAAUAUUGAGUUGGAAAAGGGUUAUGAGAGAAAAGAAAUUUUUCGUGAGGUUCAGAGAACAGUAAGUGAACUUGUAGAAAACAUUUGUGACAAGAUGUCAGUAAAAAAUACAACAUUAAGUUCAAAUAUUGAGUUGGAAAAGGGUUAUGAGAGAAAAGACAUUUUUUGUGAGGUUCAGGAAACAGUAAGUGAACUUAUAGAAAAGGUUUGUGAUGAGUUGUCAGAGAAAAAUAAAGCAUUAAAUAUUAAUACUGAGUUGGAAAAACGUUGUGAUGUAAAUAAAGAAAUUGUUCAUAUUUCAGAACAGUGCACAAGAUUUCUGUGCCUGUUGUUAGAAAGGGUUAAAACAUCCAGCGAAGACCAUCAUUUAGAAAACAUCUGCAAGAAAUCUUCAGAAAAUAUAUCGGAUAACAAGAAAAAAAGAUCUUCAAAAGUGUUUUUCUCAGACAAGAAACAGGAAGUGGUUAAAAAUGAGACUACAUCCAAAGAAGAGCCAAACAAAUGCCAGAUAGAUUCUCCAAUUUUUUUUAAAUACCAGAAAAAUGAUGAAGUUUCAGAAUUGGUAGAAAGCUUACCAGAAGCUACUCCUAAACUUCUGAUAAAUCAAGGAAUUGAUAGUGCAGAUAAACAGGGCCAUAAAAGGCUAUCUAAAAGAGUUGAAAAAUUUUGUGAUUUAAAAUCAAAUGCGAUUGGAAAACAAAAACCUAAUAACAGUCCAGAGGUUGGUAUGUCCAUGAAUCCAAAUUAUACUCCUAACAACCAUCCAGAAAAUCAAAAAUACACAAAUGUAUCACAGGCUGACACCAGUAUAAACAUAAAUAAUCGUGAGACAAAUUCUUCAAGUUAUGACUGUGUUGGAGACGGUGAUCUUGAAUAUUUUUGUGUUGAUAAUAAAAAAAUUAGGCUACUGAAAACGUAUGUUCCAUUAAAAAGAUUGGACAUUUUCACGAAGGCCGAUUACGAUGAAGCGUUUAGGAAUGGUGGUGUUGAUGCUAAGACUACUGAUGCUAUCCGGACCAACUUUCACUUGGGUGAAACAGACAAGACCAUAUGUAUGAAAAGCGCAACGAAGAAGAUCCUAAAAGAAAAUGGCUCUGAAGAAGAAUAUUGCAAUAAAACGAUGAGCAUUGUUUAUACGUGUACUUUGUGCCCAGUCAGAAAAUGUAGACAGAAAAGCAUAGUACGCCAUCUCAGAUAUGACCAUGGUUGUAAGGGUUACUACAAAUGUGGAUAUUGUAAAUAUCUUUCAUCAAAACUCAAUAAAUUAAAACAACAUGUUAAAAGAGACCAUCGUGGUAAAAUGAUGAAAUUGUCACUUAUGUAUAAACCUGAAACUGUGUCCUUAGAAGAAAAGAAAAAGGUUCUGGAUGAUGAAUUAAAAACAGAAGAAUCUUUUUUCUCUGCUACAGCAAAUACAAACAAAGAGUACAUAAGAAGUGUAGAAAAAGAGGGGGAAGGAACAUCUAAAAUGAAAACAGAUAGUAAAGAAAAAUCAUUAAUUAAAGAGUCUAAACAAUUCAAUGUAUUUGUCACAGAAAACUCCAACAUCGUCUGUAACAAAUCUAAAAAAGAAACCAGAAGGUGUUCUUUAAAAGGGAAAUUAAAUAUUAAAAAUGAAGAUUCUCAAACCUCUGUGUGUAUUGUGAACAAACAAAGAAAUGCAUCCUCUGUCAUAGGAUUAAAGAAAUCAGAUGAAAGCGAGUUAUCUUUUGGCAGCAAUGAAUUAAUCAAAAAUAAGCAGAUUUUAUUUUCAAAAAUAAAAAGGAAUGAUCAAAAGGUGUCCAAAAACAAACUCUCUUGUCCUUUCUGUGAAUAUUCGAUUGGUGAUCGGUAUUCCUUAAGACUUCACAUUUUUCGAGAAAUAAAGUAUCGCAGACUUGCGUGCUCAAUUUGUAAUGAACAACGUUAUGAUUUAAAGGAAAUUAAGGCUCAUUUUAAAAAAUUUCAUCGUGAUCAGAAACUGUCUUUUUGUCAAAGGUAUGAUCCAGAUACAGAAAACUGCAUUGAAGCAUUUUUGAGAAAUAAAAAGAAUGAUACAGUAGUAUGCCAAAAGCUCCCUGCAACUCGUAAUCAAACGCUGAAACCACAGAAGACACGUUACAAAUACGAAUGUGUUAUUUGUGGAAUUAAACAGCGUGAUACGAUAGACUUGCAAAGACAUUUAUAUCACCAUAAAAAGUAUCAGCCAUUUAAAUGUUGCCAUUGUGGUAAAACAUACAUAAGCUCUUGCAGUGUUAAAAAUCACUUACAGAAAUAUCAUCCAGGACUGAGACCUGACUUUAAAAUAAUCAGAAUAAAGAAAAUUGAGGAAUGGGUGAAUAAAAUUGUCAGCAGUCAGCAAAGUUCAAAGUAUAUUGAAAGUGAACAUGAAGAAAAGCAUCCUGAAAGUGGUCAUUUGUUUUGCUGUUGGAAAGAUUGUAAUUUUGUUACAACCGAUAAAAGUAAGCUGAAAUAUCAUUUCAUGAUGCAUUUCUGUAAGAGACAUUUUUCUUGUCCUUAUUGCCAAGUAGCAUGUGAUACUGAAGCUGGUGUAAAAAGUCACUGUGAUAUUGAACACGCCGAUGAAAAAUUGUCGUCUUCUGCAAAAAGUAGAGAACCUGUGAACCUGAACAAAAAAAAGGAAAAAUUAAAUCUGAAGGAAGAUUAAAACCCUUUACUUGCUGUUAUUGUGGCUAUACCGUUUACUCGGAAAGUGGACUUAGAAUUCAUAAAUUUUGGAAUCAUCAAAAUGAAUCCAAAGAGGGAAAGAUACGUGAUACCAAUGAAAUCGAAGAUGAUCUAACAAGUUCUCAACUAGAAAACUCUACUCGGACCCUACCUUAUCAAUGUGAGUGGUGUGACACAAAGUUUAUGAAACAUUGUGAGCUGUUAUUACAUCUUAGGUCUCACAAAGCAUCAAAAUUAAGCAACAUCACCAGGACUAAUGCUUUGUUGAAUGUCAAGAAUUGUGAAUUUAGACCUAAAGUUUCUGUAGAAAAUUUCAAAAAGAAAACAAAAUUGUCUGAUUUCUCUGAUAAUGGAGUUUUGCAUAAAGUCUCAAAAAUUCAUUGUGAUAAUUCAACCCUGAAAUCUGAAAAACUGUUUGGCAAAAAUUCUGUUACUAAAAAGGUAACUAGAUGUGUAUAUUGUAGGAAAAAUGUAGCUUCAAAUAUUUUGAAGCAGCAUUGCAAAAAAAAACAUCCCAAUUUGCCUUGUAAGAUAAUUAAAGAUUCUGCAAAGGAAAUCCUAAAAACACCAGUAUAUUGUGAAAAGGCACUUGAACCAAAAAACAUACAGAUUCUAGAAACAACCAGUGGAAAAAUUUUCUUUGGAGCAGAUAGUUACAGUCUUUUCCUCCCCAAAGAAGAACCAUAUAGAUGUGAAUAUUGCCCGUUGCAUUUUGAUUCUUUUAUAUUUCUCCAAAACCACUGGCAGAUGGAACAUUAUGAUUGUUCUGUAAAUUCUAUAUAAUCUUCUGAUCUUUCAUUACGCAAUACUGUCAGUUUCUUAAAAUUUGAAGAGAAAAGUGAAAUAUAAACACAUUCCUUCUGUUAUUGGAACUUUUCGGUUGGUUCACCUUCAGUUACCUUUUUGAAAAAGACAGUGAAAUAUGGGAAAAUCUUCAAAUUACAGUUUUUUACCCCGUUAAGCCUUUUUUUCAAACAGACAUAAUAUCAAAAAUACAAGGAUUGGAAAUUGAAGUUUUCGACAUAAGAUUUUUUUUUAUGUAUUAAAGAAGAAAUAGAGACCCCAAACAUUUGUGUCAUUUUAAAAAAAAAGUGCUUCUCAUGUUGAUGAACUUGAAACUAAAAUCUUUUCAAUUUUGCAUCUUAUCGAUAUUUGAAGAAUUGUAUUACUGGACGUUGCUGUUAUGUUUAAGUAGUCAUAGCUUGUACAUAUAGUGUGUAGACAUGAUAUGUUCACUAAAACAUUCCAGGGAACUAAACUUGUUGGUAAUGAUUAGUACUGGAUAUCAGGUAAUGUUGGUAAAUAAAUGUACACUUAACAUGUUUGAAAAUAUAUCUGAUUGUUAUCUGUGA